UUCUUUGCUCUGGGCAAUUAAUAAUGGCAGAGGACGUAAACGUGUGUCUUCGCUAAUCCUUGAUGAUAAUCAUCAUUUGCUUGCAGUUCGGUUGUGUAGUAUGGAUGAAAAUAUGAUCGAACACGGAUAGCCGUGUAUAGUGGGGCAGUGUUCAUGUGCAAAUAGCGAUACGUAGAUGAAAAGUAUGGCCAGUUCUGUCGUGCAGUUUAGUAUCACAAGCGAUGGAGAUGACAUUGAUUGCAAAAUACCCCUUGCGAAAUUAUGUUCACCUGUAAACUUGGAAGUUGCGGAGGCCAAGGAAGAGAUUCACCGGCUGCUCUUGACGAGUUCCAAGCAGUGCAACGCGAUUAUUAGCGACCUUUUUGGUUUAUACGUGAAAACAAAUUGUCGCGCGGCUGUCGAAAUCCUCUUGGAUCAAAGUCAACAAAAUCACGUGAACUUUCUGUUUGAGAAAAUGAACGAAGGAUUAAAACACAGAGCAAAGAAAUAUCCAACGUUAAUGUUGCUUUGGAGUGUAAUUCAACGACAGCCAUCAUGGCUUCACACAAUAAUAUCUGCAGGAUUUUUCAAUUCAUUCAUAAAGUGUCUCAAGAUUGACGAAGAUAUUGUGGUAUUAAUGGCGGGAAUUCUGAUCAUUGCGUCAUUGUUACCGUCGGUUCCUUCGCUUGUUGGAACCAUGUUGACGGAUUUCUACGAUAUUUUUGAAAGGAUUUUCUUGAUUACUGCUAAGAAGAAAGGAAUUGCUUCGGACACGCAUUUACUUCAUUUGAAAAUUGGCGUGAAUGUGUAUUUUCAUCGUUUGUACUCUAUGUAUCCUAAUCACACCAUUUCGUUUCUGAAAUCCUUUUACGAAUCAGCGCAUGGUAAGCACGGUGAAGAGAUGCACAGAUCACUCGAGGCUCUUUUGAGAUGGGUUAAAUUUCAUCCAUGGUUGGUCACUGAAACUGAGGAAACCGAAAUCGGCAAGAACAGAUGGAGAAGUAAAGAAGCCCAUGACGUUGUGAUUGACUGCGAGAUUAUAUCACUGGAACCCAGGUCCGUUCGUCUUCAGGAGAGCGAUCAUCUAUCAUCCGUGUGUACGUCACGCCCGAACACCUAUGACGUCAUAGCCUCGGAAAGCUCGGGCAUAUUAAGCAGCUCGUUUAACAGCGCUCAUCAGACGGCAUUUGGUGAGGAGGAACGUCUCGACAUUGCCACACAAACGGGCACAUCCUUACAAAGUGUCAGCUAUUGUUCAAAUCAAUAUUCACUAGAUAGUGGUGCAGAGAUUGGUAACUGCACCCCCCUGGUUAAAUCAUCUGCAAUGCUCGCCAGUCCCACCGCCCUAUGUAGUUUGUCAACACCUCCUUCGUCUAAGAACACAUCCCCCUCCGGGAGCAUUCUUGAUAUAUCAAUAGGGCAUACGUCGAUACAUCAGCUGAACUCAUUACUUCUGGAUGGAUGUAGCAAUGUAAGUCAAGAGAGACCUGCGACACCCAUCCAUUCUCAACAGAAGGAAAGGAAAGGCAUUCACACGGAGGGAAGUAAAACCUUUACACAAACCGAGGGUGUUCUUUGUGGUCAAAACACUAGGAUUAUGAACUCACGGCAGCUGCCUGUGGACGACUCUACACGAUGUGAUCCGACUUUGCAUGAUCCUUUUGAAGGUCAUCCUUCACUGUACAAGCAAAGCGCCAUUAAAGAUGAAUCGACGUCUAUCGUUUCACUUGGUCAACCAAGAUUAUCAAAUAAUCAAUACGCUGCAACGAAUAACGAAAUUGUCCUUCACAGUUACUCUUUCUUCGACAAGAACUCUUUGUCGCUUUUAUCGACCGUCGAGAAAGCGAAGAUCGUGAAAAGCAAAGAAAAAGCCUCAAUGGACACUAUAGAUUUCGAGAGUAAGAAGCCAAGGAACUAUGAGAAAACUAAGGUCAUGAACUACGAGAAAUUGGAGGAAAUGAAUUCUGAGAAAAUGGAAGGGAUGAAAAGUGAGGAAACGGAGGGGAUGAACAAUGAGAAAAUGGAGGGGGUGAACAGUGAGAAAACGGAGGGGGUGAACAGUGAGAAAACGGAGGUGAUGAACAAUGACAAAAUGAAGGGGGCGAACAGUGAGAAAACGGAGGGGAUGAACAAUGAGAAAAUGGAGGUGGUGAACAGUGAGAAAACGGAGAAAAAAAAUUCUGAAAAAACGGAGGGAAAGAACUCUGAGAAGACGCAGGUGAUGAACUAUGAAAAAACGGAGGUGUUGAACUAUGAGAAAACACAGCAGAUUGACUAUAAGAAAACGGAGGGGGUUGACUCUGAGAAGACGGAGGGUAUGAACUAUGAGAAGACAGAGGGUAUGAACUCUGAGAAGACGGAGGGUACGGACUCUGAGAAAAGGGAUGCGGUACGCGUUGAUUUAGAUAAAACUGUGCAAUCACGUGGACCACACAAAGAGAAGUCAGAUACAUUUUGUGCUGCGCCCAGUGAGAAGUGUGCAAUGCCUAAAGCUCCAUUAGAUUUACUGGAAACAUUACAAUCUUUCACGAUGAGUGUUUGUCGACAUUGUUUGGGUAACUGUCAUGGCAAGAAAGCGGAUCCUUUUGAAUGGGAAAGAAGUUUGUCUCCAUCACAGUUGCUCGAUCAAUACCUUUUGCUCGGGGCAAGCUUGCAGCGUGGAAAAUUACACAGUAUUCCGUUGGUGAGUCAAGAAGGGACGGAGUGGACACACUUCGGAGGAUCUGCUCCAAACGACGAAGUCAACCUUCUUCGUAGAGAGUUACUUUUAAUUCAAAGUGAACUGAUGUUUGAAAGACACAAGUGCGAUCUUCAUGCAACGAGAAACAGAAGAUUGAUUGGCAAAGCUUUUCAGACAAACGCUGUAAAAGAGGAGCUGGCUGCUUUAAAAGAUCAGUUUAAAGUUCAACAGAAAGAAGUUUGUGUAUUAAAACAGUCAUGCAAAGAUAAAGAAAAGGAAAACAGGCAAUUAAAAGAAAUAGCAGAUGCUUGGAACAAAAAGCAAGGUGAAAGGAUAAGGCAGUUGUCAGAAACAAACGAAACAUUGAUGACGGAAAAACUUCAUCUAGCUGAGGUUGUAAAGCAUUAUCGCUGCGAAAAUGAUAAACUGCUGAAGGAUAUAAAAGAAUCUAAAGCAAAGAUUUUCCAAUUGGAAAAUGAUUCGUCUUAUUUGAAAAUCGUGGAAAACGAGAAUGCUGUUUUGAAAUCUAAGGCCAACACGCAGUCGAUGCAAUUGCUGCUUAUGGGAGAACGGGAAGAGCGAUACAAAGAUGCAUUUCAGGUUUUACGGACCAUUGUAAAAAGAUCACCAGAAGAUGAAAAGAAAUUGGCCAUCUAUGAAAAAGAUUUAGAAGAAGCUAGAACAUUGGUCAACAAACAUAAAGCUGAAAUGUCCUUUUUCAAAUCAAAUAUUUUGGAAUUGGAAACAAAUUUGACCAAAAAGGAUCACCAAAUAACAGAUUUGAAAAAAUCAAUAGAAAGUAUUAAGAAAAUUUGGAAAAAUAAAUUGGAUGCGGUCGAAUCAAAAUAUGAAACAAUAAAAAGAUCCAAUCAACGACUCGAAGCGGAAGUCAUGAGUUUACAAUCGAAACUAGAAGCACGAAUGAAAGGCAGCGAUAGGUAGCAUAACAUACAUUUAUAUUUAGAGUAGAAAAGUCAUUUAAUUAGCACGUAUCUAGGUUUUCAAUUCAUUAAUGCCAGGCUAUCUUUAAGAAUUUUGUUAUUUUGUUAAUAACCUGGUUAUCGCAAGAAGAAAAUAUCCAAAUGCAUUCAGUGGCGAAUGAUGGAUAAGUAUUAAACAGUACAAAAAUCGAAGAUCUGUUCAGUACUUGUGCAGAAAAAAAAUACAAAAAAUGUAAUGCUUCUUGAA